AUGAACUACUCUUCAGUAGUACCUUCCUUUUUAUCCCACGGACCCGACGAUGCAACACUCCCAGUUGGCCCCGCUGCCAAGCGACGUGCCCUUUCGCAUCGUCUCCAAAACAAUCGGCCAGGGCGCGUAUGCUUGCAUCAAAAAGGCCGCCCCCUCGACUCGGAUAAUCCCGUCUUCGCGGUCAAGUACAUCCACAAGGAUUACGCGGCGCGCCAUGGCAAGAUCAGUGCUAGGCAACUCUCCCUAGAGGUGACAGUACACAAACACGUCACAGGGCACAACAAUAUCAUCAGCUUUUAUCAGACUGGCGAGGAUGCGGUCUGGCGAUGGAUUGCGAUGGAAUUGGCCGAGGGAGGGGAUCUGUUUGAUAAGAUCGAGGCCGACGAGGGCGUGGGAGAGGAUAUUGCCCACGUCUACUUUUCACAACUGAUCAGUGCCGUGAGCUUCAUGCACUCGAAAGGCGUGGGACAUCGUGACAUCAAGCCGGAGAACAUGCUUUUGACCAGUGACGGGAAUCUGAAGAUCGCAGACUUUGGUCUGGCAGCGCUGUUCGAAUACAAGGGCGCAAGGAAGCUCUCGACCACUUUCUGUGGCAGUCCACCUUAUAUUGCCCCCGAGGUGAUCACCUGUAGUACUCGUGGUCAGAACAAGGGAUCGGGGUAUCAUCCAGAUUUGGUCGAUAUUUGGUCAUGUGGUAUUGUCCUAUUCGUCCUCCUCGCCGGUAAUACACCAUGGGACAGUCCCACGGACGAUAGUUACGAAUUUCACGAAUACCUCACGACCAAUGCACGACCUAGCGACGAGUUGUGGCAGAAGCUGCCCCCGGCCACUCUAUCCUUACUUCGCGGUAUGUUGACUGUCGAUCCCAAGAGUCGCUUCUCGCUGGAAGAUGUGAGAAGACACCCCUGGAACACUCGAUCGAACAAAUAUCUGUCACCAGAUGGGAACAAAUUGAAGGACCCCGUCAAUCUCGCCACAUCAAUGUUUGAAUCGCUGCACAUCGACUUCAGCCAAGAUCCCCUCUUCCAGAAGCGGCCAGGCGCCAGCCGAAGUGACCCCAUGGAUGUGGAUAUGGAUCAGGAGGUCAAUGCAUCCGGCGGCAUGUCCUCUACUCAACCAGAGAUGGCGGGUGGUAACAUGGUUAUGGAUUGGCACACGCCACACCUGGCCGGCGAGUACUACUCCACACAACCCACGGGCAAUCCCUUCUCAUCCCAGGAAAUUGAGAUGUCAGCCCAGCUGGAAGACGAGCCUUCAAUGUCCCAAUUCUCCCAAAAGCCUUCGGUGCCUUUGAGUCGAACCCAGAAUGCCAAGGUAUUCCAAGACAUUAUCCCACCUCGCUCACUGACGCGCUUCUAUUCGUCAUGGGAGUUGAAGCUAUUAGUCCCAUUGAUCUGCGAAGCUCUUCACCGACUCGGAGUGCCCGUUCCCUCGGUCCCUGCGGUUAGCUCUGGGGACACAUCUGCUAUGAUCCGGGUGAUUGCCAAAGAUGGUAGGAUGUGUUCACUUCAGGGCAAGGUACACAUUGAGUGCGUUUCCGAGGGUCUCUUCGAAGUCGAGUUUGUCAAGAUCAAGGGUGAUCCGUUGGAAUGGCGUCGAUUCUUCAAGAAGGUGACUAUUCUUUGCAAGGAUGCUGUUUUCAAGCCGGAUGAAUAA